GUCAAGAAACACAACUGCAAUCACAAAAUGGCGUCCACCACCGCACCACCAUCAUUGGAAUCCUUCCUGAGCACACUUCCCCCGGAUCUUUUUGACCAAACCACGCUCAUCUCUCUCGCUUCCACCGUCGCCAUCCUCCUGGCAGCCUAUUCUCUCUCCCGCGUGGCCCUCGACCCCAAGACUACCACGUCCCGCCACCGGUUCCUCUUCAUAUGGCAUGCCUUCGAUGCACUGAUUCACUUUUGCCUCGAGGGCAGUUUCCUCUACCACUGCUUCUUCUCGUCGGCACCUCUCGGCCAUCUGGACCCCAAGGAGGUGUUUAUUGAUCCCUACAACUAUCUCGGAAGAAUUGACAAGGUACAUGGUGCGCAGGCUGUUGCUGGGAGGGGCACGGCAGAGUUGUGGAUGGUUUAUGCCAAGGCUGAUAGAAGGUGGGCUGGGGUUGAUUUGAGCGUCGUCAGUCUCGAGCUCCUCACUGUCCUUGUCGUUGGGCCCUUGGCUUGCUGGGUCUGCUACGAUAUCGCCAAGAAGAACUCGAGGGUAAACAUCGUUAUGAUCAUGAUUGCUACUGCUGAAAUUUAUGGCGGCUGGAUGACCUUCUGCCCCGAGUGGCUCGUGGGCAGCGUCAACCUCGACACCAGCAACUGGAUGUACCUGUGGCUUUACUUGGCCUUCUUCAAUGGUUUAUGGGUUGUCAUCCCUGCGUAUGUCAUUUACGUGGCGUCUGGGGAGAUUAUGGGUGCCUUCAAGGUCCGGGAUGCUGCGGCGAAGGCUAAGAAGUCUUUGUGAUGAGUCUCGAAGCGCACUUAUCCAAAGCUUCAUCAGGAGGGGUAGGUAAGAAGCGGUUUCGACACCUGCCCAGUACGGGUGUUCAUCGCAAUCAGCGGAUUCAGCACGGCGUUGCAGGUAUGGCUGUCUCGUUGCACUGCAUGCCCGUACGACUGUAUCCAUCCUCUUCGUUGCGUCAUGAACGGCGGAGAGGAAUGAACAGGCCGAUGGGGAUUGGUCGGAGGGCCUCAGUGGCAAGGUGGAAAAGAUAUGUUCCUGUUCGCCGGUUUGCUUCCUAUCAUUCACAUGUGUGAUCUUCUUCCCCGAGUUUGGUUGAUCUUUCACAUGGUUACCAGGAGACACAGCAAGCUCGUCGACAUCUGCUGCCAUCUAGAUAUCCCAGUGAGGAUGAUACGAAUCAAACAGUUG